AUGACCAUUUUGCAGUACUCCCGUACCCGACGAGUAGCUCGGGGGCGCGGUGGGGGUCAGAAGCUCCCGUCGGUUCGCUGGAGUCGACCUCACGCAGGGUCGUCGUCCGGGAAUGCUACCGCCGUUGUUGCCGGGACGACGGCGACACACAGCGAAAAGCGGAACUCGUCAACAUUGUCUCCCAACGCAACGACAGCGUCCGAGGCUCUACCAAAGGUUCCCGUACUCAAAGGUCCCUCCAAGGCCGUCGAAGGAAAGCGUAAGUUGUUACGAGCUCGCUUGACGCGGGAACGACAAGUUGGCGACCCAACGUUUCCGAAAUCACCUACAAAACGUGCGGAGACAACCAAAUCAAAUAGUAUCACCUCCAACCUUGAGCGCAGGGGACGUCACAAACUGGUACUAGCCAUCCCUCAGGGAAAGGAAAUUGCGCAGGAGACGGCUGUCAAUACUAACGACAAUACAAACAAGCACAGGGUCGCUUUGGCCGUGUCAAAUCGUGGAGGCCGAAGAUCUCGACAACGCCAAGGUCCUGUUCAAGCUCAACCCGUGGCGAAGCGCAUCAAACUGGGUGCAACGCAAUCGACCAACUUCAACGCCCAGGAUGAUAUUCAAGACUACCACGACGGUGCUCCCAACAACAAUUCAAUAGAUGCUCUCACGAGUAGGGUCGGCUAUUCCUAUGAAAAAUUAACUGACUUCGCGUACCGCAAAACGGAACGGCAGACAGCGAGGACAACUUCUCGCCGAGGUCGUGGGAAAAACCGUGGUUUGGUGCGUGUGGCGCCGAAUGAGCAAAACCAGAGUAACGUGAUUUGUCCCACCUACUUGCACGGGGAAUUGUGUACAGAUGAAACCUGCCGCAAACGACACGACGUUCCCACCGAGUUUGCCGUGCCGACAUGUCUAUACUUUCAACGUCACGGUAUGUGCUUGAAGGAGGAUUGUUGCUUUCGGCACGUCAAGGUCAAUCCAAGGGCACUCGUUUGCCCUAAUUUUACCAAUCUGGGGUAUUGCGAAGAUCUGCACUGCCCGUUGACACAUACGCGGGUGGGAUCUAAGUGA